GUGUACUAAGUAGCCAAAGCAAAGGAGACAAGUUUAGUAUAUGGCAUAAAUAAUUGCCCUUUGGAGUAACCUGAGGUAAUGUUACACAUUUGGACAGUUCAUUCGACUAUCUUAGAUGACACUGGAGCCCUUCCCUUUAUCUGGACUCUUUAUUCUGCAUCCGUGAACUUUUGAAACGGCACGACAGAUAAUCAAUCAUCAAAUGGCUCAGAUAGGGCCAUUCGGUGCCAUAUUGCUGGUCGUCGAGUUUGUACUUGCUAUUACUACGAUGUCAUUGCUAUGCUGCGCCUAUCCCGAACAAUUCAGGAAAACGCUGUGGGAAAUCGGCGGAGAGAACGGUUGGAACUCCAACCCUCGUCUUAGGAUAUACUUCUACGCGAAUUACGAGAAACCCCCUGAGAUACCAUUAGUUUGGGAUCAACGCCUCAGUGAAUCGAACCUAGCCAUCUCCAUCCUCUCUACUGUUAUAUGCUUAGCACGUAUGGUGAUGAUUUAUUCUAGCGUUACCCCAUGCUUCUCUUGCUUCUGGAAUGCUAUGAACGAUGUACUAUUGUCGGGAUUCUGGGUAUACAGCAUUGUCGCCCAAUCAUCUGGCGAUUUCACGGACCCCAACCAUCCAAGUGUGCGACCGUGGUACUUGGAGAAGAGUUGUGACAUAUUAGACAUGAGUGUGGCGGAUACUUGUGUUCUCGCCAAAGCCUCGUUUGUUUUUUCGGUCCUAUCGCUAAUAUUUUUCCUGGCCCGGUCUGUCGCCUCUGUAUUGUCAUUAGCAUAUUGGUGUGGGAGCCUUAGAAUACUCGACCGAGGCAUUGAUAUGCUAUGUGCUCGCCGUCGGGAAGGGGAAGAUAGGGGUGGUAUUUUUGACAUUUCCGAUGUACAACUAGAUGAGGAAAGAUGGAGGUACAGUGUAACGAUGGAGGAAACGCCUUUUCUCGGUAUGGCUUAACGGAAAGAACAUAAUGCCGAACAUUUCGUAGGACAUAUUGCUGUCUUUUUGAUCAAUCAAGGACGUAUGUUUCACAGAGCCAUUUAGAACUUCGUACGCAGACCAACCAAUCACAUUUAGUGGUGAUACAAUGUCUCAGGGGCUAUGCAAAGUCCGGCCCCUAUCCGCAUCUACCCAUAUUGGGUACCCUACGGAUCUCAAGUGUUAUGAAAGGAGUCCGGAUAUCCCAUAGAAACAUGUUGGGCUUGGUACUUGUCUGUAAGUGAGAUGGUUCCCGAAAGGAAUUGGUAGGUAGCAAGCAUAGCUCGGACUUUGCCUUUUCCAUGUUCCUAUUUCCAACUUGCCAACGUGGUUUUCAUGGUGAGCAAUUUAGAGAAC